CACACGGAAUAUUUCUGUUCCGGGACACGCACGCAGCGCAACCGAACUUCCCUUCAACCGCCCGGAACAAGAACUAAUUUUUUCCUCGCAACUUUCGCCUCCAAUCAAAGAAUCGACGGAUUCCGGCGAGUGGAACGAGCAGGCGUCGAAGAAUCCUCUCCGCCGGCGAUGGCGAGCGGCUCGUCCCCGCCCCAGAUUCUCUGCGCCUCCUUCAACCAGGACAACAGCAUGUUCUCUGUCGGGACGAAGGACGGGUUCCAGAUUUUCGAUGCCCGGACCGGGAGGCUGCGCUACGAGAGCGAUAUUGGGGGAUUAAACGUCGUGGAGAUGCGUUAUGGUACAAGCAUUAUCGCUAUAGUCGGAACUGGGGAAAAGCCGUCACUGUCUCCUCGUCGCCUUUGUCUGUUCAAUACCGUAAAAGAUGCCGCAAAGAAGGAUCUGAACUUCAGGAGUACAAUUUUAGCUGUUCGAUUUAGCAUGACCAGGCUUAUUGUUGUUUUGCAGGACAAGACCUUUAUUUAUGAUCUAAGCAGCAGUCAAAUCUUGGAGGAAAUUGACACAGUACAUAAUCCUAAAGGUAUUUGUGCAUUUGCUCCUAAUUCAGAAUGGUGUUAUUUGGCCAUUCCAGCAAGCACAUCCAAAGGAUCUGCUUUAGUAUAUAAAGCAUCAAAACCUGAAUUAAUAUGUCAGAUAGAUGCUCAUCAGUCUCCACUAGCUACAAUGGCAUUUUCUUCUAAUGGCAUGUACCUGGCAACGGCUUCUGAGAAGGGUACUAUGGUCAGAGUACAUAUCGUGGCACAAGCAACCAAGUCGCAUAGUUUUCGGCGGGGAGCAUACCCAUCAGCCAUUUACUCACUUUCAUUUGGACCAUCUAUCGAUCUGCCUGAUGUCCUUCUUGCCACAAGUUCAUCAGGCUCUUUGCAUAUGUUUUUUCUUGAUGCUGCCAGAAAUGGAAGGAACCAAACCAACAAAUUACUCGGCUCAAUAAUUCCUGGAUCGAAAGCAAUAACCGAUGCUUUGGAUCCAGCUAAUCAUCAUGUUAUUCACAGUGUUUCCCCCGCAGAAACUAGGAGCUGUCUGGCAGUACACAGUGUAGAAUAUUCUCAAAAUUCUUCCAAAUUUCCUGCUGUGAGGACUGUAGUUUAUAUGGUAACUCACGAUGGAUACUUCCGGGAGUACACAAUCAGCACCACCAAGUCAAACGAAUCUUCGUGGGUUCUGGAGCGUGAAUUCAGCCUACCAGAUAGCACUUUGAAACAGAAGGAACACCACAAGGACUAACUUUGUAGGUUCUGCCAACCCGCUCCUUCCACUGACUGAUGUACAUAUGAUGCACAAGAUGAGUGUGUCCAUAGAGAGUUUAGCAUCCAACUUGACGCAGUAUAGCUUAGGUACCCACUGGCCACCGGGUGUGAGGGACAGAGGGAGUCGCUUGAUAGCUUCAUGUUGUGGAUGUAAAUUGCUGCUAGCAAUUAUUGUGUCAUGAAAUUAUUAACACGUGAGGGUUUGUCUUC